AGGUAAUGGCUGAUGAUGAAGAUGAAGGAGGUUUCGGCGGAUUAUAUGAAGAUGGUCAUUGGGUGUGGGAUGAAGCUACAGAGGCCUUAGUUUUUGUAAGCGAUCUCCCGCCAAAGCCAGUUGAAGCAAUACAUAUACCCAUUAAAGCGCCGACAGGUACCGUCGAAUUCAGAGACGAUGUAGACUUAAUUGAACAGAUUCGAUUUAGAAGGCGUUACCAGAGAAAACUUAAACCAGGGCAGCCGGACAUUAUUACGGUCCAGGACGUUAAAGAUAUUGCAUUAUUUACUGCUCCAGUAAAUAUUCUAAGCCCCAUGCUAAUAAAUAUGUUGCACCUGCCUACAACGGAACGUUUCAUUAGAGCGCUUGUUCUGUGUUGUCAGUAUUAUUUACAGAUUGCAGACGAAAUGGCAAAUCGAAUAAUUGAAUUAGAAACAAAAGUACGUACUCCGCAGUGUGAAGUUCUAGAGAGCGAGUUUCGUGACAAUUUAUCUGAUUUGAGGUUACUGGUGGCAAAAGAAUAUAGCACAAUGUUGAUUGGUGGCGGAGAUACGAAAAAAUUCCAUCAUAUGGGGCCUCAGAAGAAACGUCGAUCCUUAUCAGACAAAGAUGCACGACUUUUCGAAACUUUGUUGCGUAUGUGCGUUCAAAUCGUGUGGUUGGCCCUCGGUCGCAAGGCCUUCAAUCAGAUAGAAUUGGAGGUCAACCGUUUGUUUAAGUCUGAGAUAUUCAACGCGGUGGAACACAAUUUGAAUACUGGCUAUAUUAAUAAGAUGACAAAGGAAGAGCGUGCAGUUCUACUAGGACGAUGUCUGCGCCACGACAAGAAGCUCAAUACCCGAUCACCGCUAAUGAAUGAAGUGUUUUGCCACCGAGAGAUCGACUAUCGUCUCAUGGGAGCUGGCGUCAUUAAAUGCCACCAAAUUUCGCCUCGAAUUAUGUACAUGAAGGAGGCUGUAGCGGGUCCCGAAGAACGUCUUGUAGAACUUGGAAUUGUUCUUGGUAUUAUUGGGAUGCAUCGAUCAGCUUUCGAUACCAUGUUAAAGCCGUUGCCCACAUCUAACGAAAUUGGAAAAUCGAAAGCUUCUGUGUCAUCGGCAAGUUAUGCCUCAAAGUCCAGUGUAAGCAGAAAAAGUCAAAUAGCAAACCAGAAAGUGUACCCUGAUAUUGUACUGCCACGAAAGGAGUCUCGAAUAAUAUCAUUCCCAUCAUCUUUUCCUGAUGAUCCAGAGGACAUAAGGCCAUGCAGUGAGACGCAACGACGGCGCUGGCAAAAUAGACUUAUGAAGUUAUUGCAUCCUUAUGGUCGUUGAAUGAUUUUUGUGUCAUUAAUGAAAUAUACUUUGUAUUGCUUAUCUCAUCUGUACUAUUAUAUUAAUAAAACUUCGACCUAUAUAUUAAAAUCGAACCUCCAUCACGACUCUGCUAGAGGUACCUACUAAUGUUUACGAACCUAAUGUAGUGGCAUAUUGUUUCGUGAAACAAUACUUAAAUAUUGAAACAACUGAUACGUAUACUAUAACAAUACUAAUUAGUAUUUUAAAUUUUGCUGCCAUUCAUUUGCCAAAGGCUUGGGAGAGCCUUUUUAAUUUUACAACUAUUAUAAUUUAAAGGCUCUUGUUUUUGUUUUUUUUUAGGCAAUGAUGCUUAUUUUGAUAUGUAAAGUGAAAUGUAUGCCGUUAAUAUAUGAUAUCUUUACAUCAAUAUUAAUGAAUAAUUAUAUUUUGUGCUUAUUCUGA